UUUUAACCACCUGAAUUUCAACCCAUAACCAAUGUGCACCUACUGUUGUCCGGUGCACCGUAGUAGGUACUGGUUUUUAUCGGCAUUUGAUGCAUGCAGUUUGCAACAGAUAGCUAGGCAGGUACCUACCUGUUGAUUGGUACGCGCGACUGAUGAGAAAUAAUAAAUUAGAGCCCGAUUUGCUCUACAACAAACUGUGUUGAUAUGCACCAGAACUGGGCGUGAACUUGGGGACUUUGUCAAUCUUCUCUAUUGACUCAACCACUCAACAGCAGCAGGUAGGACAACAACAGCGCUAGCAGCAGCAGCAGUAGCUGGACCGAGUUGAUUCUGUCGAUACGAUAAUUGCUUGUGGAAUAUUUUAUGAGGUGGUCAAUUAGGGAGCCCUGAUCACAAAAAUAUUCAAGGGUGUAAAUACUCGUGCAGUUCAAACAGCAAUUAGGCAAUUAUCGAAUGUGUUAUAUUAGGUAAGGUUGAAUGUGAUGCUAAUUUAUGAAAAUGAAAACAAUUCUGGUGUGUGUGUUGUUGUUAACUCAAUCGGACGUGAUUCUGUAUCGCUCAUCGUUUACGUUAAUUUUCCGUUGAAACUGGCCUCGAAAAUCUUGAAUGACACUUGUGUAGUACGAUCGUCUAUAUUUUGUACGUUUCUGCGAUAUUAAUCUUUCAUUGCGUUUACCGUUGUGACGAAAAAUUGCAAUUAUAUUGAUCAUCAAAACUCGCCAUGGAGUGCAAAAAGUGCCUUCUUCCAGUGGUUACAAAAGAUCAACCGUAUGUAUACUGUAAUGCAUUGUGCGCCGCAGUUCACCAUGCCGCUUGUGUUGGAUUGAAUACUGCCGAGCUUGCUGCCGUAUCACCGCCGCACAAGAAUAGUUGUUGGAUGUGCGACGAGUGUUUAGUUGAAUUUGUACAAUGGAGGAAAGAACGAAAUGAGAAAAUGAAUGAGCCGAUCGCCGCAACUGCUCCAGAGCACAAUGAGCCUAAAUGCGUACUACAACGUGACGUUGAUGAGCUGAAAGCUAAAGUAGAUUCAAUACUGUCGGUGAUUACGUCGCAUGAGAAUAAUCACACGGAUGCCUGGAUACGACACUCAACACCGAAAUCAUCGCGACCAAUGGAAUGUGGAUCGAGUGAAGUGACAGUUGCAUCCGAAACUGCGAGUCGGUUACCUGAUUCGAUAUGUGAGAACGAGAACUUCGACUUGUUGCUAACGAAUAUCGAUGGAAGCGUUUCGGAAGAAGAUGUUCAACUCAUGGUUUGUCGCUGCUUGGGCACACGUGAUAAUGAGUGCAUUUAUGUUAGGAAAUUAGUUCCGCGAUGGGUUGACUGCAGUGCAUUCGACUAUAUCUCCUUCAAAAUAGUUUUAAACCGUAAAUGGAAGUCUGUCGCGAUGAUGCCAUCUACUUGGCCUAGAAACAUUAGAUUUCGAGAGUUCAAAAAAGUGAGAUUCCCGUGGAAACCCGAUAUUUUGUAAUUAGUUCCAGUAUUGUAAAUAAUGUGAUUUGAUGGAAAACGUUUUUUUUUGUAUUGAUGUUUUUUAUUACUGUUUUAAGUCAUGUGUUGUAAAUAGGAAAAUGAUACUUGUUGUGUGAAUUUGUACGAUAUUUGUAGUUAACGGGUCGCAUCUUCUUUGAGUUUGUUCUGGAAAGUUGUCGAGAUUGUUAAAUGUUUUUGUACCUUAGAUUUAAGUCACAUCAUUGGGGCAUACACAAGCCUGUUGGUGUUAAUAAACAAAUAAAUAAAUAAAUAAAUAAACUGCAGCAAAUUAGUAAGAUUGAUCAAAAUUCUAGGCCUGAGGUCCUACUGUUAGAAAAUGUAACUAACUGUAUGAACACGAAAACCAAUGCAGAGGGUGGCAAGUUCGAUUCCCGGUUGGUCCAGGAUCUUUUCCAAAUAGAAUUCUUGACUUUCUAGGACAUAGAGUGCGC